AUGGACUUUGUAAACCCUCCUCCGCCCAGGCGAACAGGCGCCCUGCAAGGGCUUCUCGACCUCCCGACUCAUUUGCCCAAUGACGCACCACUGACGGGACCCGAAACAGCCAGUCUGCUGGGCCCAGUGGAAGAACCAAUUCGCGACGAGACCGUGGACGACGAAGAGAGCACCCACGCUACUCCUUCCUCAGAGCCAGUGUUCAUUCCUGGCACCAACAUCACCUUGCAGACCGAGGAGGACAUCAGGAAAUGGAUUGAAGACAGAAAGAAAAACUGGCCGUCCAGAAAGAAUAUCGCCUCCAAGGAAGAAGGUAAGCAACAGAAGGCCCCUGAACCCAGAGGCAACAACAAGAGGGAAAGUGACGAUCCCACCGGUAACAAGAAGAAGCCGAAGUCUCUGUGUCGGUUUUUCCUGCAGUACGGUCACUGCAAGUUUGGGAACAAGUGCAAGAACGUCCAUGAAACUCCCACUACCGGGGUGACAGUUUCCAACGAACACGAUGCUACCCAUUACAAACGCCAAAUCAAUGGCAUUCCCGUGCUCAUUCCCAAGCUCUACUCCAAGAGACAAUCUCUGGGACCAAAUGGCUCUUUGUUCAAAAGUUUGGUCCAGAAAGAACUUGCCGAAAACGAAAACUCGGUGGUAUUGGACUUUGUUCAAUACCUAGACAAGCAGGGCUUGAUAAAUCAUGAUGUGAUGAAAAAUACUACAAAACCGACGAAAUAG